AUGGCCAACUUUCCAAAUCUGCGCCGUCUCUUCAUCGAAUCACGCACCGACAAUGAAGAGCGGCAGGUCUCUCGCAAAGCUUUUUACAAUGCUGUCCUCUUCAUGGGAUCAGUCGCAGUCUUUAGCGUUAUUGCACAAAAGCUCAAUGCUGGGAAAUGA